CUUAGUACCGUCAAAGUCACCUGCGAGGACUCCAUCAGCAGGUCGACCACGAGUCAAGACGCGAAACUUUAGCAGACCGUCAACACCAACGCACUCGGAGCAUAUCUCCUCAGGACAUUCCCAAAAGUAAACACUACCUCGCAAACGCACAACACUAUCAACAUCAUCAUCACCAUGAACUCCGCACACUACACCGGGCCCGCCCACCACACAUACAUCAGCAACCGCUUCCGCCGCUUCAACAACGCCAUGUUCGUCCAACAAGCCGCCUCGCCCCCGGACACCCGUCCUCCAUCCCGCGACUCCUCUGCCCGCGCCGAAUCCGACGACGCCGUCGCCGCCCUCCACCGGUUCUCAACCGUCUCCUCCUCCUCCCGCCUCUCCAGACGCUCCUCCAUCCGCGCCUCCUGGUCCUCCUUCCGCAGCUCCCUCAAACCCACCCCUUCAUCCCCACGCGUCCCCAAACAAACACACAUCGUCGAGCCCCGGCCCGCACCCCAACGGCCCCGCCGCGCCCCCUCGCCCUCCUCCGUCUACUCGCGCGCCAGCACAAACUCCUCGGUCAAAUUCCUCGCCGUGCCCGUCUCUCCCACCACGCCCUUGCCGCUGCAGCGCACCAGCGUGCCCAGCACCGCCUACGUCGAGCUGCCGACUGAUGACCCAGACGCCGACCUUCCUCGCGUCGUAAGGAGCAGUGCGGGCCCCCGCGCUCGCAGCGACGUCAUGAGCAUGUACGAGGUUGCUGAGGCCGGGUACUGGGCGCGCAAGGACGAGGUGACGGCGUUGCAGCGGAGGCGGCGCGGCGUGAGCAGCGUGGGCAGUCUGGGCAGUCUGGGCUCGCGCGGGAGUAGUGCGUAUUCGUCUGCGCCGCCGAGUCCGACGUGAGUUGUUGUUUUCGUUGUGGGAUGCGACUUUUUGGGAUGGUCACCUUGGGGGGGAAGGCCACCUCGGUCGACUGGACUAAAGCUACAGGCUCGGAGGAAAAAGGCCAAAUGGGGUGGAGGAUGUGCGGGAUACCCAGACAGACGGACGGAUGGACAGAUGGACAGACAUUCAUUUUAGCCAUUUAUUCACUUUACUUAUUUACUGAUCAACCCAUCUGCUCAUUUAUUCACAUAUUCACAACGACAUAUAUCAAACGCCAUAAACAGCGUUCAUCCUCUCUUUUGUCAUUUUCGCUAGCAUU